CAUAUAAGUACAGAGCUUCAGAAUAUCCCUAAGGGAAGAUCAGUUCAAGAAGAAAGUAUAAACUGGAGAGUCAUCAUUGAAGAUGCCAGUGGUAAUGGUGAAAACACAGAUGAAGAAGGUUCUGGUGAUGACUGGGGAACUGGACAAUCAGAAGGAACAGUGGUUCUUGGAGAAAACGAGAGUGAAAAACAUAGUAAUGGGAGCAGUAGUCCAACUUGUGAUAACAUUCCAAAUGCGGGAAGAGAGGGCAAUAGAGGCAACACAAAUAAUUCUCGCAAUGCCCAAGAUGAUGAAAACAUGAGCACAGGAAAUGCAAAGCUAUGCCUUGAAAAGAAAAGGGAUGAGGACCUGGAAAGUAGCACUACAGCUGUAAACAAUGACACUGUAGGUAGUGGCAAUGUGGAUGAAACUGGAAAUGAUACAAUCCCUGACAAAAGAAUGCCCACAGAUGGGUUUAAUAAUAUGACCAGCUCUGAAGAGGCCAGCAGGCAGAGGACUGAAGUCAGGGGAGAUCAAGCAAACAGCGGUGGCUCUAAAGAUACCAGCGAAAGUGAGAGUAACUCUGUUUAUAGUGUGAGUGAUGAGCUGAUGCAAGGGGAUGAACCCAAUGAAAGCCAAGGCUCUGAGGACAACAGCCAGCAAGAUCCCUUUGCUGAUGCAAGCAAUGAGGAAGACUCAGAAGACACAUCUCAGGGAGAGGGGAACCAAAGUACUGAAGAGAAUGAGAGUGAGAUGUCUGAGAGCGAUGGGCAAGAAAGUAACGGUCAACCAGAGAGUAGUGAGGAUGGCAGUGAGUCCGAUGGACAGGCAGUUAGCAGUGAGAGUGGCAGCCAGACAGACAGCAGCCCAGGUCAACCAGAAAGCAGUAGUGAGAGUGACAGUGAUUCCAAGGAUGGCAGUGAGAGUGACAGUGAUUCUGAGAGCAGCAGUGAGAAUGACAGUGAUUCCAAGAGCAGCAGUGAGAGUGACAGUGAUUCCAAGGAUGGCAGUGAGAGUGACAGUGAUUCCGAAAAUAGCAGUGAGAGUGACAGUGAUUCCAAGAGUAGCAGUGAGAGUGACAGUGAUUCCAAGAAUAGCAGUGAGAGUGACAGUGAUUCCAAGAGUAGCAGUGAGAGUGACAGUGAUUCUGAGAGCAGCAGCGAGAGUGACAGUGAUUCAGAGAGUAGCAGUGAGAGUGACAGUGAUUCCAAGACUAGCAGUGAGAGUGACAGUGAUUCCAAGAGUAGCAGUGAGAGUGACAGUGAUUCCAAGAGUAGCAGUGAGAGUGACAGUGAUUCUGAGAGCAGCAGCGAGAGUGACAGUGAUUCAGAGAGUAGCAGUGAGAGUGACAGUGAUUCGAAGAGUAGCAGUGAGAGUGACAGUGAUUCUGAGAGCAGCAGUGAGAGUGACAAUGAUUCUGAGAGCAGCAGUGAGAGUGAAAACAGCAGUAGCAGUGAGAGUGAUGGGAAAUCUGAGAGUAGCAGUGAUAGCGAAAGCAGCAGUAGUGAAAGCAGCAGCAGUGAGAGUGAAAGCAGCAGCAGUGAAAGUAGCAGCAGUGAGAGUGAAAGCAAUUCUGAUAGCAGCGAAAGCGAUAGCAGCAGCAGUAGCGAAAGUGACAGUGAAUCAGACAGCAGCAGCGAAAGUGAAUCUGAGAAGAGCAGUGAAAGCAACAUCAGAGAAAAUGAUAGUCAAGCUGGUAGCAGUGAAAAUGAGACCAAUUCAGAGACUGAAAGUGAGGGGGAAGACGAGCCCUCAAGCAACGAGAGUGAAAACAGUUCAGCAGAUCAAUCCAAUGAUACUGUCAGCAACAGUGCUGCAGAUGCCAGUGAUGAUGAAUCCACAGGAAGCGAGGCAAGUGACAGCAGGGCUCAGCCUGAAGCCAUAGACAGUGAAAGUGAUUCCAUAAGUAAAGGCAGUGAGAGCAAUGACUUGACCAGUACUACGAUGCAUACAAAGAGGACCAGUCUUUUAUUUAUCUCCCUGUGGGCUUUAUCCCAGGCUCGUCCUGAUACCAUAGGUGAGAGGAACCUGAACUAUAUAGCUGAUUCUGCAGAUGUGAGCGAUGAAGACAGAGGGAGCAGGCAAAGCAAAAGUGAAGAACAUGUGAGCACCAGCCAUGAGAACAGUGAAGGCGACACUUUUCUCCGAAAGGUUUCCAGUGGUAGUUUUGAGAGCUACCCAAUAGAUAACCAUGACUGGAGCACCCGUGACAAUGAUGAUGAUAAUUAUUUCAGAGUCCACCAAGUGAUCCAUAGGAAUUGGGCAGAUGAUGCUGAUUCUCAUGAACAUUCUGAUCUGAAACAAAUGAACGAGGACACCUCUGAUGAUCAGAUUGUUGACAAAAUUUCUCUGGAGAAUCAGAAUGAAAUUCAUCAAGACAAUCUUUACGGUGAUAUCACAAAAUCCAAAGAACUCUUCGAUGUUGAAAAUGAUGGCAUGCUUUAUACUCCUGAACAAGUAUUAUUUACCUUCACGGGGAAUGGUGGAAGUGAUCUCACAAAUGAUGAAGAAAUCAGUGGUGAUGACUCCUUCAAUGAACACAAUGAAGAUCUUGGUCACACCGUACUUCCAAGUGAAGGAGACAAUCCACAAACAGCUGUAGAAAAGGGAGACCAAGAAGAAGACAACACUAUCAGCCGACAACCUCGUGACAGUAGCAGCAGCAGUAGCAGUAGUGAGAGCAGAAGUCUUGAUAAAGAGGACAAUCAUAUAGCUGAUUACCGCAGAAGACAUAGAGCAGACAGUUACAGCAGCAGCCAAGAAGACAGGUACUAUUUUGAUGAUGAAGGAAUGCAAGGGGAUGAUGCAACUUUCUUCGAGAGUCAUGAUGCCGACUCUGACAUGCUCUAUGGAGAUUUUAAUUCAAAAGAAAGCAGCCAAGAAAGCAGAAGAGGGAAAGUUAAACAUCACAGCAAAGCAAUAGAUCGGUUUGCUCGGAAAGUAUACCAUUAUGUUGAUGCUGAUUCUGAAGAAGACCAGAGUCCUGAACAGGAGGAGAGCAAAUCCCAGCAAGAGGAUGAUGUUGUCUCUGAAGAAAGCAGCCAAUCUGUUGAGGAGACUAGUCAGUCAACAGAAAAUGUUCUCAGUAGAUCCAGGGAAGAUGGAACCAGUCAAUCCAAAGAGAUGGUAAAAAGUUCAUCCAGAGGCCGUAGUCACAGUCAGUCUAAAGAGACUUUUAAAAGCCGUUCCAGGGAACAUAGUCACAGUCGUUCCAGAGAAGAUGACAGACACAGCCAGUCCCAAGAAGAUGACAGACACAGCCAGUCCCAAGAAGAUGACAGACACAGUCAAUCCCAAGAAGAUGACAGACACAGCCGAUCCCAAGAAGAUGACAGACACAGCCAUUCCCAAGAAGAUGACAGACACAGCUGGUCCAGAGAAGAUGGUAGGCAGAGUCAGUCCAGAGAAGAUGGUAGGCACAGUCGGUCCAGAGAAGAUGAUAGACACAGCCGGUCCAGGGAAGAUAAUAAGCACAGCCAAUCUCGGGAAUACCUUCACAGCCAUUCCAGGGAAGAUGUCCACAGCCAUUCCAAGGAAGACCAUAAACACAGCCAGUCUAGGGAAGAGAAUAAGCAUAGUUGGUCCAGGGAAGAUGACAACCACAGCUGGUCCAGAGAAGGUGAUGCACACAGCCAAUCCAGAGAAACUAGUUUGGUUAGCCAAUCUAGAGAAGAUGAGAAUAGUCCAUCUAGAGAGGAUGAUGAUACAGUGUCUAUGGAAGACAUUAAAAGUGACUCUACUGAAGACAGUAGGGGCUCCUAUAAAAAAGUUGUGAAAAAGUCCAAAGAAUUAAGCGAGAAAUCAAAUGAGUAUAGCACUGGCAAAUCUAAACAGCAGAGAAGUUACUCCAUUGAAGAUGUAUCCAAUAGGGCACCAAGAGGCAGUGAAUCUGGAGAGGUUAAGCGAGAACACAGCAGCUCUAGUGAGAAAAGUGUUUCUACUGAAGACAGUGAAGAAACUUCUGAGGACACAGAUGAAUCAAUUCAGACUGACAGCCGGUUGUCUCACAGUACCUCAUCUGAGAGCAGCAAAGCUUCCCACGAAAGCACCAGUAGUGAAGACAGUGAUUCAUAUGACAAGGAUCUUAAAUCUGAGGAACAGAACCAAUCGGCCCAAACCAGUGAAUCCACAGAAGAAGACAACAGUCAUUCCAUAGAAAGAGAUAGUCACUCUAGAGAGGACACGGCGAGUAUAGAAGAUGACAAAGCUAAAAUACUGUUUAAAUUCUCGCAAGGUACCAUUUGGGGUCCGCACCUCAAGGAACGAAGAUACGGGGGUGUCCGAAAUACCUCCAAUGAUUUUAAUAUUGUUCGCUGCUGUACUGCAGAAAAGACAGCAAUCCCAAUCAUGAAGACUGUGAUUUUACUUAUAAAUAUUCUUGGAAUAACAAUUGCUUCUCCAAUUCGGUGGAGUGAAUUUCUACAAGGAAGAGGCUAUGGAGGCAACAUCAAUUCCCUUAGUGCUGAUAAAGAAGUCCUGAAGGUUGGGUUUGCUGGUGAGAAUCAGAACAAAGAUGGUGACCACCAAGAAGGAGAAAUAUUUUUUGCCCCCACCAGACAGUCUGAUAUUGCUGAAGAAGUUUCUGCACUUGAUCCAAUACAUCCUCAAGGAGGUUUUCUGCAUGAAAAUGAGAGCCAUCUGCUCCAUAAGGACACUAGACUUACACAGGCUAAUAAAUAUGAGACUGAACAUACAACACAGAAAAACAUGGGCCUGAAUGUUUACUUCCCUGCAGAGAAAGCUAUUAAGAACAUCCCUGUAGACACUUUUAAAGAAACCACUAAUGCUGAGGGAAGUGCAUUAGGGCAUUUGAGAGAGCGAAAUGCCAUCCAUGGUCCAGUACCAUCAAUACCCAUCAUUCCAGAAGAAGGUCUCAUUACUGAGGAACAUCACAUCAAGGGAUUCCAAACCAGCAGUGGUUUUAAGGCAAGAAAAGAUACUGAUGGACGAUAUGAUGAUCAUUAUGGAUUUUACAGUUACCACUUAAACGAUGAAGGCAUGCAAGGAGAUGAUCCAAGCUAUUUGGAGGACUCUGAUUCUAGUCAGCAAACAAGGGGCCAAAGCGAUUCCAGUCAACAGCCUGGGGACUCAAACAGUCCUAACAGCUUAAAUGAGGAAGAAUCAGAACAGUUCACCACAUCAGUAGAAUCUGGAAGCCCAAAUUCUUCCAGCAGAUCCCCUGAUUCCAGUGCUUCCAGUGAUUCUGGUACCUCUUGUGAUUCGAGGAAUUCUAAUGAUUGUAGUGGCCCCAGCCAUGCCAGCAGUUCAAGUAGUUCCAGUGAUUCUAAUGAUUCUAUUGACUCAAGCGAUUCUAGUGAUUCUUCUGAAUCAAAUGAUUCUAGUAAUUCUUCUGACUCAAGUGAUUCUAGUAAUUCUUCUGACUCAAGCGAUUCUAGUAAUUCUUCUGACUCAAGUGAUUCUAGUGAUACUUCUGAGUCCAAUAGCUCUAGUGAUUCUAGCGACUUGAAGGAUUCUUCUGAAUCCAGCAGCUCCAGUGAAUCCAGUGAAUCCAGUGACUCAAAUGAAUCCAAAGACUCAAGUGAAUCUAGAGAUUCUUCUGACUCAAGUGAUUCUAGUGAUACUUCUGAGUCUAACAGCUCCAGUGAUUCUAGUAACUCAAGUAAUUUUUCAAAGACCAGCAGCUCCAGUGAAUCCAGGGACUCAAGUGACUCUAGAGAUUCCUCUGACUCCAGUGAUUCUAGUCAUACUUCUGAGUCCAGCAGCUCAAGUGAAUCUAGAGAUACUUCUGACUCAAGUGAGUCUAGUGAUACUUCUGAGUCCAACAGUUCCAGUGAUUCUAGUGACUCAAGACAUUCUCCUGAAUCCAGCAGCUCCAGUGAAUCCAGGGACUCAAGUGAUUCUGCUGAUUCUUCAGACUCCAACGGUUCAAGUAUUUCUAGCAAUUCUUCUACCUCAAGUGAUUCCAGUGAUUCUAGCAGUUCUUCAGAUUCUAGCAGCUCCAAUGAUUCCAGUGAUUCCUUUACCAAUUCCAGUCAUCAAAGUGAUUCUAACAGCUCCAAUGGUUCUAGUACCUCCAAUAAUUCUAAUGAUACCUCUAGUGACUCUGGCAGGUCUAGCAGCUCCAAAUAAUCUAUUUGAGAAUACCUAAGAGCCCUAUAUCAAUGGGAAACAUAUUCUUGUCCAGACCGCAGUUACCUAAAACCACUGAUAUGAUAAAACUCCAUUAAAUUGUCUCACUUCUGGUCACAGCAUACUAUAAAGCUGCAUUAGAGGACCUAGAGACUGAUAGAGAGGAAGAUACCAUAGAAUCGCCUAAAGGACCUAGAAAUUUUCUAGAGAGACUACCACCCGCCAGGUGUGAAUAAAUGAAACUGUGGAUAUGGACUGUAGUUUUAGGGCUCUUAUGUAAUUGAAAUAGUACUAAUAGACAUCAGCAUUACAGAACAAUGCUGUAACUGCAGUCUAUUUAAAAAAAAGAGAUAACUGUAGACUACAUUUUGAUCGUGAAUCAGAGAGAGAGAGAGAGAGAGAUGCACAUGCCAUUACAGUAUGGAGAUAUCUUUUUGUAGUGUUCUAAAAUAUAUUUACUAUUUGCUUAUGUUUUUUGGAAACUUGAGUUCUAAUUGUACUAUUACGUAACUUAAUUGCAUCCCACUAGAAAAGAGAGAGAGCACUCUCGUAACAAAGAAUGUUCAAUAUCUUUACAAAACUGCACUUCCUAGGAUUGUCAUACUGCUUUUCAAGAUCAUUGUAAACUCUAGGACAAUUUCAGUUGAUCUCAAAAUAGUUCAUGAAUGUAGUUAAUACAGUGGGACUUCAGCAUUUAGUAGAGUUUGGUACCAGGAUCCCCUGUGGAUGUCAAAAUCUGCUCAAGUAUCAUUAUAUAUGAUGGUGUACUAAAAUGAUGUCCUUUAUAUCAAAUGCCCAAAUAAAAGUUUGCUUUUUGAAUAUUUUCUUAUUAUUUUUAAGCCAUGGAUGUUGGAAACUGUAGAUAUAGACUGUACAUAUUUGCUGUAUAUUAAUAAAAAUAUAUAAUUGA